AUAAUAAUUAAAGUCAUUUUGGUGGCUGAUCGAACAAGAGUACGAUGAAAAUAUUUCUUUCCUUUUCUUUCUGGGCUGUCACUUUGUUUUUGAUAGCAGCUGCUAAGGAUGAAGAUUGGGAGGACAUAGACGUCGUAGCUGUAAAUUUAGAUGACGACACAAAGGGGGAUUCGGAAAAUGAAGUCGAGGCUUCGUUGACAACUACUCCAUCUAAAGUCAGUCCAGACGCUUGUCCAGUCCUGAAUUGCGAUAAAAUUUGUCCGUGCGGUAAAAAGACCGAUUCAGACCAUUGUUACAUUUGCGAAUGUGAGUGUAAUCAUGGUGACAAAUGUGAGCAUGAGUGUGAAUUUGGACGAAAAAUUUCUAGUACUGGCGAGUUGACUUGCGAAUGUCACUCUGAACAACAAUACAUAGGAGUUUGUAAAGCGUUUUGCCAUAAUAUUCAUAAUGAAGCUAAAAAUUGCGAAAUAUGUCCUCAUUGUAAUUGUAACGGUCAAGUUAACAAUUGUCCAACUCUAGAAUGCAAUACAGUGUGUAAAUAUGGGUAUACAAGAGAUUACAACGAUUGCCCAUCGUGUAAUUGUCAACGUGGACCGGAUCAUCCAGGUCACGUAGACCCUUGUUACCAUACCAGGUGUGAUUAUGGGCAAAUUUGCAAAGUUAUUGCAGGAAAUGCUGUUUGCGUUGGACAUCCAAGUCCGAUAACAACACUCCCCCCUCUAAAUCCACCACAGUGCCCUAAACUUACUUGCGGACCAGACUGUACUUGUGAACAUUUCAUUAGAGACGAUGGCUGUACGGUUUGUCAGUGUGCUAACGCAUGCUACGGUGUUGCUUGUCCUUAUGGCACUAUAUGCAUUCCAUACUACGUCUUCGAAGCCUAUACGGGAAAACUUCAAGUAACACCAAACUGCAGAAAAGUAGAAUAG